UACUACUUCCACAUAGAACAAGAUGUGUAGCACUAUUAUCUUUCAUUGAAGAAUAAUUAUUUUACACAUCAUACAUGUCAUUGACUUUUGCUAAAAGGCAUCCAACAUAGCGCUUAAAUAUAAUAAAUAUUUAUAAAAUUCUAUCAAUAAAUCCAGUAAUUCUAUAUAGGCGUCGAGCGUUGAAUUUGGCACGCUUGUGGAUGGUUGUACAAUUUAACCACAAGACAAGUUAUGCGGAAUGAAGGAUAGUUAACCAUCCGUUUGGUAUAAUAGGGAUCAAUGUAUGCAUGAAACACAUAUUUAUUGGAUCGUAGAAAACAGUGUAGCAGAGGAUUUAGACGCAGUUCGGCGAUUAUAUCAUGCUUUCUAUUCUCUACAAUGGAGGCGUAUAAUGCCUUGACAUCUCAUAUGGAAGAGAAUAAACACUUAGGAUUUAAUGUACACGCUUAUGAAUUUGGCAAUGAAAACCAUACUGAACACGAACGUGAUCAUAUUCGACCAAUUUCUUAUAAUUCAGAUCGUAAUACAGUAUCUAACACAUGUAAUACUGACAUAAAAUGCGUAUCUAACGACGGAUUACACAGCAUACGGGAUACAGACUCAUAUAAGCAUGAAAUUAAUGACGACAAAAUAAAUGUAAUACGCAUGAGGGCAGAAGCAACUAAUCGGUCACAAAUUAGCAGUUUGGCAUCGAUGCUCAGUGAAAAACAUAAUCCCAAUGACAGAUUUGUUUACAAUCACAUAAAAGUGACGGAAGAAGGUGGAUCAAAAAACAGGCAUCAUAGGUUGGAUAAUAACCGGACACGUUACCCACCGACGCCGGAUACAUUGAAUUUCGUUGACGAUGAGCAAUGCAUAUCUACCGUAUAUACUAUAGUUGCUCUUGGGUUUAUGCUACUCGCUUUGCUUGUCCCGGCAAUUUUCCACGUCUGCUGUCAGUUCAGAUUGUAUGGGAGCCUGUCGCAGAUAUAUGAACGUAUGAAAAAUCCUGAAACAAGCAAAAUUGGGGGUGCUUAUAUACAGAAAGGAGCUCAAGUUUUAGUUGAUCACAUAAGAGAAUUCGAAAACUUUUUUUUCAUUGGGAUAUUUCUAUAUCUGUGCAUUCAAAUAAUCGGUUUUUAUGUGACCCAGACGCGUAUUCGCUUCUACCUGUGGCGUCUAUGUUUGCUCUCUGUCGAACUGUCAAAGCACGAAUUUUUAUACGGAAGCAAACAACGUGCUGUAGAACACUUUUCGGACUAUGGAAAGCGCAUAUAUCGUGGUCAGCCACAAGCCUGCCGACAAACGGAAAAAAGUUUGGUGAAAGCCUUCGACGAGGCCUCGUCAAAAUUUGACAACUACCACGUGGACGACAUAUGGAAUAGAAUAACAUUCCUAAGAUGUCGAAUGAUGUUAUUGCGGAUAUACAUCCCAAUAUUCAUACAUGCGGCCAUAUCAAUUGGAACAGCUGCAUUUGUCUAUGAUAGGCGAUUUAGGAUGUACCACAGGGUACCAUUGGCCCACCCUGACAUUAUAUCUAAUCUUUAUUGGUAUGCUGCUAUACAAUAUGAGGGAUUCUGGUGCAUUUUAGCCAUGUUUAUGAUUAACAUAGUCACGUGGCUAUAUCUCUGCAACAUAAAUCGCCACAAGAUCCUAUUUGGGUUGCUUGAAGAAGCACAAAGUCAGAUAAGGGCGAUAAUUUUGGAUUUUAGCAACAAGCUAGCGAAGGAUAUUUGGGAUAACCAAAUGUUGCUAUUUUCUUCUACCAUAUAUGCAAUGGAUUCGAACAAAUCCAACCAUCAGGCAUCGUAUGCUCCCGUGAGGCUAGAGACUUUGAGCAGCCAAAUAAACUUCGGAAAUAUUGCUUCCAGUGAUAUAAAACGCCCUUGUCUUUGUCAUUUUUUGUGUCUACCAGAUAUGGAAGACACCACUCAAGAUGUACCAUCCUUUAUCGGAAGAUCUCCAUUUGAAGAAUUGCAUAUCCCUCUUCUGGAACCAGGAUUUCAAGAUACACAUAGAGGAGACAUCGUAUAACUGUAAAAAUGCAUUUAUCUAUUUAAUUAUC